AAACCUGGUAUAUGUACUGCUGCGUAGCUCCUGAAAAUAGGGCUGGUCACAGGCUAAUAUUAUUUAUAAGCAUAUGUAAGCAGUGAUGCAUCUAUUUCUAUUUGUAGUCUAUAAAUAAGACUUCUGUUUGUAUUGUAAAAGCACCGAGAGAAAAAAAAAACUGAGAGAAGUAAAAGAGCCGAAGCUCUGCGUCUUGUAUGAGAAAAGGGCAGUAGCCUGCAGUGUGUAAAAUAUUUAUAAGUUGUAUUUUAUUCGGUGAAAUUAGUAUUGCAGUGUUUGUAAUAUUAUUGAAAUUUUAGUAUACAAAGCUUAUCACGUUUCCAACAGCGCAUAGGGUUCCAUUAAAUAAUUGGAAGAAAUUAAAACAAGGUUUUCUUAUACCUAUGCUUAAUAUGUUGCAUGAUACUUAAAAGAGAUUUUCACUGGAUAUCAGUGUAUGGGAAAACUAUAGCUGCACUUUUCACUGAAGUCAUUACCUGAUAUAUAUGGAAUUUAUCAAUUAUUAAAAAUUUGUGUUCUGUAGAACUUAGCAGUGGCAUCAUGUUUGUGUUUUGCAUAUAGUUGGACUUAUAUUGUGAACUUAACAGGGGCUGAAACUUCCAUACUUCUUUUCCUUCAAAUUCUUAGUCACCUAAUUGUUAUAAGGAUUUUCCAGCAACUAGAGUACCUAGCUUGGAAUGAGUUCUAUAAUGGUCAUGAUAAGAGAGUUUGUACUGGCACCUAAUUGUGACACUGAAAUAGCUGGCCAGGGACAAGUUUAUAUAAAAUACUACGGCAGUGAAGAAUGUGCUUUGAUGGAUCCAGCUAGAGAUCUUUCACCGUUUGACCAUUGCUUUGAAAGAAGUGCCAACCCUUCAGAUGAAUUUCAGGAAGCACUGAAACAGGCAAUGGAGGCAAUAAAAAAGAAGGAAACCAAACAAGGGACAGAUUCUUCUUAAAGGCUGUAAAAUGUUACUUAGAAAUACCUGACUAUUAGGAUCUUUAUACAUGUUCAAGGCAGAAGUAAUGAAUUCCAUAACAUUGUUCGUGAAACUAGAGUUUCAUGCAUUCUUAAUUAUGUCCUGCUAUGGUCUUAGGGAAUUUUUAUUGUAGGAUUUCCAUAUAUUUGACGUUCAAGAUUUAUUUUUCAAAUUCUCAUAGUAUUUAAUUAUAAACAUAUAAUUGUUAUUCAAACAAAAAAUUGUUACAGGUUGAAUUUGCAACCUGAAAUUAUUAAAAAAAGGUAGUUCGCUAAUAAAAAAAUUAUAAACAACAGCACAAAUUUGAAUAUAUGUGUGUGGGAUCCCGAUAUUGAUGUGAUAAUUUGUCCACAUAAAUUUAGGGUUAAUUUGUUCAUGUGUUUGGAAGUUGAUAUGAAUUUUCAUAUUUAACCCCAUAUUUAGGGUUAAUUUAGGGUUGUGAUAAUGUGUAUCCCAGUAUUUAUACAAACAAGUUACUUUUUUAAAUUUAUAUUAAAGUAAAAAUUAAUUAAUUUGAAAUUUCGGACACUGCUCCAAUAAUUUUGCCCCAUAACUCAAUGUAUCAGCUUAAUGGGGUGGCAUGCACGUACAGAUUGAAAUGGAGCGAGCUGCUGGUACUGUUCUUGGCGUAUCUUUGGAAUGGUGCUCAUGAUGCUGCUGCUGGUGUUGUGGCUGCUGAUGGUGGGGGUGCUGUGGCUCAUCGUGGUGUAUUGGAUAUUGAACGAUUGAGGGGUGUUGUAGAACUAAUGAGACCUAAUAGUAAUGGUGAGGAUGCAGAAAUGAAGAAAAGAUUGAUUGUUCACAAAUGUUCUAACAUAGAUUAAUCCUUUUUUCGGUCUUCUGAUUGCUGAUGCUUAUCAAGUGCUAUGUAACCCUUUUAAAGAUAUUUUUAAGGAGUGUGUUUUCCAUAUGGAUAUAUAAGAAGAAUCUGUGAUGAAUAUAAUCAAAAUUUAUAUUUGCUAGUUUGGAAACUUCGACACUACAUGAACGACAUAAAUAUGCAAAUUUAUUUGGCUUUGCUUAUGGUCAUAAAAGAUUCUGAACAUGUAUAUGUUGUUGGUCUGACUCUUUUGUUUCUUUCAACCUGAAAUAUUAUGUGAUGAACUUACAAUUAUUUCCACAAUCUGAUACCAUCAAUGGGAUAUGCCGUACCCUCACUAAGUUGAGUCCAGCCGAGAACAAGGACAGGGUAGGGGACAUUAUGGACCUGCCUCAUUCGCAUUGGGUUUCCAUUAAAGAAAUCGAGGAAAACAAGUUUAGUUGUGUUGAUGAGCACAGAGGCCUAGGGAGUGUUGCUUGUUCAAAAAGCGUAGAAGAGGUUGUUUGGCCAAAAAGGGCACCGGAGAUAUGGUGGCCUGUUGAAAUUAAAAUGGAGCACAACUCGGAAAGAGGACCGCAGGGUGAUGGUGUGCUUGGUGGUGUUGUUAGUGCUGGUGAUGCAGGUGUUGUGGCUGCUAAUGGUGGGGGUGCUGCUGUUGAUAGUGUAUUGAGACCAAAUAAUCAUGGUGAGGAUGUGGAGGAAAUGAAGAAAAAGAUGGAGUCCUUGGAAGAAAAACUGAAGGAGACGGAAGAAAAACUGAAGGAGAAGGAUGAAGACUUUGAAAGCCUUCAAGAUUCAUAUCAAGCUCUACUUGUAAAGGAGAGGAACAACAAUGACCAGUUAGAAGAUGCUCGAAAAAAGCUAAUAAAUGUUUUGAAGGAUAGGCGGACUAACAUGAGGGCCUAUACUGGUGUCAAGCUGAUGGGAGACCUUAACCUCAAACCCAUAUUUGCUGCUACAAAGAAAAAGUAUCCUCCUGCCGAAGUUGAAUUGAAAGCAAUGGAAUUUUCAUCCCUGCUAGAGGAGAAACUUCGGGAUCCAAACUGGUACCCCUUUAAGGUCAUAACAUUUGGUGAAGAUAGCAAGAGAGUUAUCAAUGACUAAGAUGAAAGCCUGGUGAUCAUAAAGAGUGAGUGGGGUGAUGAAGUGUAUAACUCGGUGGUGAAGGCACUAACAGAAUUAAACGAGUACAAUUCAAGUGGAAGAUAUCCCGUUCCCGAGUUGUGGAAUUUCAAAAAAGGAAAGAAGGCUACCUUAGGUGAGGGUGUCGAUUUCAUGGAAAGGUUGUGCAAGAGAAACAAGAGGAAGAGAAAUUAAAGUAUUCUUGUACUAAUGAUUUGCACCCCUUCUUUACCUUACCCGUUUGAUUGUCGAUGUGUUAGGACCAUUUUUCUAUGUUGCAUACGAAUUUCAUAUAUCUUUUUAUACAUCUUUAUAAGCAUGAGCAUGUAGAAUGUUCAACUUUCAACCAAA